GACAGUCUGCAUUCUUUGAGAAAUAUGAUUCCUCUCCUCACUUCGCAAGCGCGGUCCUUGAUUUGCACAAGUGAUGGCAUCUAAUUCGCACUCUUUCGUGAGCAGCACCUCUCAGGAGCCUAACAAUUAUUUCAUCGAGCCCACCCAAGGAUCUCCCUCGAGGACAGACCACAAAUCCACAAAUUCUAUCCUAUGGAGGCUAUAUCUUUCUCAUACUAUAUCAACCUGGAAUGCCCGGAUGUUUGAGUUUGGCGCUGUUAUCUUCCUCGCCGCGAUCUGGUACUGGGCCCAGGCAUAAAUACUAAGACAUGCUUUGGUAUUCCCCAAAACAAAGAAUUAUGCUAACGGUUUGACAGUAAGCAUAGUUCUCCUCUUUACGCUGCCCAAUAACUUUGAUGAGAUGCCACUUCAGUGGUGCUUCACGAAUGAAGAAGCCCCCUUCUUUGGAUUCCGUACUAAUAUCUCCUAUCUAGUUCCAGGCACUCUUUUCUACGCUUCAUGCUACUCUCUGUUCCGAUCCGCAGCAGCUGUGGUCUUUAGCACAUGGAUUGGGGGACUGGUUGACCGCACGCAACGGUUGACUACUGUACGCCACAGUAUCGCCUGGCAGAGGAUUCCUGUUGCGAUGUCAUGUCUACUGCUUGUUCUACUGCAGAGCAGCCAAAGCAAGCUUCUCACAUUAACAUGCUUUGCCGCUAGUGUGGGACUUGCAGGCAUAGAAAAACUAGCUUUCGUCGCAAACACGGUCUCUAUCGAACGAGAUUGGCUUAUCUUCAUUUCCGAUAGCCUCAACUUAGAAAGGCAAGACCUAAACAGCAGAAUGAGGAGAAUCGACCUCACGUGCAAGCUGUUCGCUCCUUUGAGUAUCUCGUUAGUCGAUGGAUACUCGACGCGGGUGGCUAUAUGGGUUGUGUUUGGGCAGAAUGCGAUCAGCGUCAUUUUCGAAUACUUUGCGAUUGCCCAGGUUUUCUCCGCAGUUCCCGGACUGGGAGAGGGGAAAGAGGUGGGUAAAGGGAAUGUCGUGGAGUAUUCAGAUACCGAAUCCUCCAUGGGAUUAGGAGAAGAACAAGCCAGUGUUCCGGCUACGGGACACUACCGAUGUUAUGACUACGUCCUGGAUUCUCUCCACCCAUGGAAAGAAUAUGUCCUCAAUCCGGCCUUCCUCGCUUCCUUCUCCCUGUCCCUUCUCUACCUCACCGUUCUCAGCUUUGCGUCACAGAUGACAACAUACCUCCUCACUCUCGGAUUUACGUCUAUUGAUAUUUCGAUCAUGCGGCUAGUUGCAGUCGUACUCGAACUUUCAGCUACCUGUGCCGCUCCGGCCCUUAUGAGGAAAAUCGGUGCCACUCGCUCGGGACUCUGGUUUGUGAACGAACAAUUCAUCUCCGUCAUUUUGGCUGUGGGUCUCUUCUCUUGUGUCAACUCUCAGACUAAGCUUGCUGGAGCGGUCUUAGCGGUUGGUGUUGCACUGAGUCGUAUUGGUCUAUGGGGCUUUGAUCUCAGUGUUCAGUAUCUAGUUCAAGAAGAUGCGCCGGAAGCCAGUCGAGGAUCUUUCUCCGCGAUCGAAGUCGCCCUACAGAAUGUUUUUGAGCUAGCGUCAUUCACACUGACUAUGAUUUUUCAUCGACCAGAGGAGUUUAAGAUCCCUAUUUUGGUUAGCACAGGGGCAGUAAGUGUUAGUGCAGCAUGUUUUGCAGGGUUUGUACGACAAAAAAGGGGCCAUCUGCUACAUGCAUCCAGAUGCUUCAAACGAGAGGGAAAACCGAAGUACCAUGUAUUGCCGACUAUUGAGGAAGAGUUAGAAGAGUUGACAAGCAAUGGAUGAGCGCAAUAAGGAGAACGACUUGAGUAGAUUGGCACUGACAUUGGAAUCGACAAUUGGAGGGUGGCGGCGUCUCUUCUUUCUUUUCCACGUCACUAAGG